AUGGCGACGCGUAAUUUGUUCGAUAACGAUGAUGCGGCGGGAGAAGAGAGCGAUGACUCGUUCAUCGCAGAUUCCGAGGCGGAGUCAGACGGCUCUCUCGCUUCUGUCAGAGGCGCAGCCGAGAGUGCCGACUCCGAUUUCGAGUUCCUGUUCGGUUCUGCGCCGAAACAGGAGCCCAAGAAGACAAAGAAAACCGCUUCGAAAUGGCAGAAAGAGCUCGACCGCCGUAUGCGUGAGGCCAGUGCGCAGUACGCUGAUAUCGAGAAUGUGGAGUCCGAAGUAGCGUUCAAUCUGGAGCAUCUCUCCGCCCACUUUGAGCGUCGCCAAGGUGUGGAGUCGGAGAUGCUGACGCUGUUCAGCGGUCUCCUUACACGAGAGCAGUUCACGGUAGACUCGACUUCGCCGAGUAACGAUGCCUCCAAAGCUGAGGAUACUGCCGCAACUCAGGAUGCGUCGCAGGAAACCGAUCGCGCGCUGAACAAGUUGAUGAAGAAGCUCAUCCGAAGCACAUUCCGUGGCAAAACACCUGAGGGUCGAUUUGGCAAUCUCGUUAAGCCUAACUCGGAGGCACCUAAACCGUCUGUACCGGGCAAAGUCAGCACUGUGGUCUCAAUCGGCCGUGAGGCUUUGUCUAACCUCCAGGAUCUUAACACCCUGCUCAGCAGGGAGCGCGAAGGCGACUACAUGGAGCUAGACGGCGUGCCCCUUUACAAACACACGCGUUAUGGCACGCUGUAUGUCUUCGAGAGCGGGUUUGUCACCACGCACCUCAUACCACUCUGUUCGAAGUUGCUGCACGAGGCCUCCAGUAACGAUCACGACUUCCAGGCCCUCACCCAGGAGGUGCUAUAUUUGCUCUAUCAGCUGUCCCAACCCCCGUCGUCAGCGUGGUACAACUACUGGACUGAAGCGCAACCUCACUACAAAGCCUUCGCCGUCUCCAAGGAGUAUGAUCACGACCCAAACGUGGCAUCAGAGCUGAAGCGCCGCGCUCGCAUUGUAUUUCACUAUCUGAAUGGUCUGGUUGCACUUCGUUCGUCGCUUAUGUCAAGCGACUUAUGGACCCUCAUUGGCGAAUUCCGAAUGAAGCUGGAGAAUUUUGAGCGCGCUGGCCACCGCACUCCGGAGCAAAAGCAACGUGUUGAGAUGUUGCAACGGCAGCAGGAUUCGUUGGCAAACGAAAGGGAUGCACUGUUGGCCGAGGCUGCGGAUAGCGACGAUGACGAGGAUGAAAAGGAUGAGGAUGGCCAUACCACCGGCCGAGGCCGAUUGCGUAAGGACCGGAGCACGGCCGAAGCGCGAAAAAAGCGCGUGCAAGAGAUCCGCAACCAGCUAUACGAGGUGAACGACGAGCUCGCCAAGGAACGCCAGGCACACAUGGAGGCGCAGCAGCAGACACGUAUCCACUGCAAGACCGUUAGGCUACUGAUAACACACACGCUAACCAUACCAGGUGACGGUCUCGGGCUGUUGUGCAUGCUCCAAGAAGGAGGUCUGAUAUCGUUACUCAGGGAUGAGGUGGUAUCAUGCUUCAAUUUGUGCAAGCGUGGAUUCACGGUGUCGGAGUCUGAUGACAUACAUGCCCACCCAGCUUACCUCAGUGAGGCGCAGCGUGAAUCUCUAUGGGAAUAUGUGCGUCUGGUACACGCAAUACUGGUCUGUGUGGAUGUCAAUAGGUUUCUCGGUCUGGCAUACACCGGAAUUCGGCCUGCUGAAAUGCAGGUGGAUGAUGUGUUGCUGAGGUCGACUGACGAACAGGCCGACCGGUCUGUCGACAACGAAGCUAUUCUUGACCUGAUUCGGCUGAACCCCAAACUUGCUCGUAUGACCCUGCGAGGACCCGCUAACCUGGGCAAAUUUACGAUAAACGAACGGUUCCAAGGCACACGGAGCCACGCGAGCUACGAACACUGGUUCAGGUUCCCGUCGCUAACCCACCUGCAAACGCCCUUCGAGGUAUCAUCGGGCGUGUCAAAUUCGACGUCAGGAUCACGAGUGGCUGCUUCAUUCUCGGCUGCCGUGGUUAAGGCACUGCAGUCUGAGGUACACCAGCUCAUCGGUAUUGAUGCCGACUUUGAACACUGCCACUGGUCAGAUGCGGCAGCUGUAUCUGGGAUCUAUUACGAGCUGGGGUUGCUCUUGUCUAUGUGUUUCGGAGACCUGAUGAGGGAGGCGCAAGACCGGUAUUACCAACAGAGUGAUUACCAGGUUGUGCUCGACCUGCAUACUUGGGUCGUAACGUAUUACCGCUGCAUGUAUCUGUACCUUCGCGAACAAUGCCGCGUGGAAGAGAAGCAGGCUCCGCCCGAGGCGUACGUGUUGCUGGCACUCAGGCGCUACAUAGGAGCCGACUCCUCUUGCGCCAAGGUAGCCUGCGCCUACGUGUGGCAGUUGAUCCGCAAGCACUCAUUGUCCAAGGCAUCUCAUUUCGGAGCGACUAGCGCAUUGAGGGCGCUUUUUGCAGAUUUGAACCUCUUUCAUAUGCUUGACGACAUACAAAGCAACGUGCACGUGAUGAGCAUUUGUCAGGAGACGCUCGCAGCUUAUUUCACGGCCAACAUUCGCGCCAUCCUGUUUUGGAUUUUGCGUUACUUCAAGCUGCUAUCUCAACCUGUCAACCUGUUCUGCUUCGCAUUGGCUAACCUCCACCUGCUUCGACGAGUAGUGCGUGAUGUGGGCUCGGUGUCAUUCACGCAGGAGAAUUCGCGCUAUGACUCCGUAGGACGCGAUUCCGAUUCUGACUUCAGUGACGACGGCUCAUCGAUAACGAAGACUGUGAUUGUGACGGCUGACUCUGUGUUCAGCUCUCGCAACCGCAACACCGCCAAUGACGACAUUCUGUACAACGGACGCGUGGUAUACAACUGUGUUGCAAUGCUUGCCAACUUUCGGACCAACUCGCCGCAUCUCAACGACAUGCUGGUCACUCACCUGGAGACAGUGCCGUUGCCGAUUCUUUACGACAUCAAGUACUUUUACGUCUUUCGGGAUAUUGUGGGCGACCGACGUGUGUGGCAGAAUGCGAAGUGGCGUUGGAUCGGCGACUACUGCGUGAGAGUGAUGGAAUCGUUUUUCGACAGCUGGCUUGGACGUGGAAACAGGUUCCUGCCGCUAGAGCUCUUCUUCAACAAAUGCUCUCCCGCCACGAAGGGUCCCUUCCGUCCCUGCGCCCCUGACAACAUCGCUCCAAUAAUACGCGGCUACGAGCAUUGUGGACUGCUGACGGAGCUGCUACAACGUCCCGAAGCUACCGUGUACGAGGUGGUCCGGGAGAAGCGUGGCGUCACUGGCAGCGGCGCGUGGGAUCCCGAAGAGGAUGCGGCGCUGCUCAAGUACCACAAGCAAUUCCGCUUCUUGGCCGACCCUGUGGCAUACAUCGCCGAGCUGUUGGGUCGCCGUGAGGCCGACGUGCAGCGUCGGUUGCAGGAGUUGAGGGUGCCAACGUCAGAGCCGAAAGGUGCGAAGGGAGGGAACACAUCGGCGCUGCAGAAGCUGCUGCGCAACCUCGUCUCCUUGUUCGCCGACGAAGCGAUAAAGGUGUGCGCAGAGCUGCAUGAGAACAUUUCCGAAUCUAUGGAGAUGCAGCGCCUCGGCGGAGAGGAUGCGGUUUGCGAGGUGAUGGAACCCCUGUCAGCGUCGCCGCGUCUAUUGGAAUCCGCCGAGUUCCAGGCAGUGCUCCACUGCCUCGGCAUAUCGCAAAAUUGGUUACUGCCGAAGAAUACGGCAGCAUUGGGCCCACUAAUGGCUGUUUUGGAUGACCCGUCCAGCUACAUCGUUGUGGGCAAGGAACGUGCAGAAAGCGCUGAGCAGUCGACACCCGAGGCACGUGCAACGGCGACAUCAGUUGCGACAGGAGAACCCAUCCCUGAGGAUACACAUAUGGAUAUGGAUGCGGGCGGUUAUGAGCCCGCAGUGGUAACGAGUAAGGAUAUUGCGGAAUUAGUUUUGGGUCUGAUACGCUGUCUGGAGGAGCACAGCGAACCACCGAAUGCAAGUGAUAUAAUUCAGUCUGCCAUAAAUCUAGUUGAAUCAGCUUCCGUUGUGGGCCGCGCAGAAGCGGUUUGCAACUACCUUCCACAGCGGGAGGAAUGCCUGUCACAUGUCCGCGGCCUGUUACGGCUGGCCGAGGUCGAGGUUCGACCACCGAUGAUCGCAUGUGACCGUUUGCCAAAUGCAGUUAUUGCCGUCGACAGGCUGCGAGUCGCCAUAAAUUUGAGCAGGCUCCCAGCGAACCGCCUGGAAAUGAUAGUGCAAGCGCAUGUGCAGCAACCCACUGUCCCAUCCAAGCGUCCUCCAUCUUCCAUGGUCAUGGACACCGAUUUCGAGGAUUCAUUUGAAAAGCAUGUGCCAGGUGCCUAUGAUGAUCCGCAUGAGGACCACCUUGAUCUAGAUGCUCCCGUAGACUUCAAUAUAUUCGGGUUUAGACCUGGCAGAGGGAAGAAGAAAGGCACCAGCCAACGCUCCGUUGCACGUUCGGGUGCAGGUACAGUUGACAACGUGCGACGCAAGACCUUCACCGAUUCGGAUGGCCUAGCGGAUACCCCAGUGGACCAUUUGAUAACCACGCCAGAUGAACACGGUGGCGAGUUGCGUGCAGUGCUGGAUGAACUUCGGCGGAGGCUUUUGCUGGGUCACACCCGCAUCGAUGCCGCAGAUCUCAUGGGCACUGGCAUAUUUGAUAAUUGGGAUUCUGCGUUCGAUAUGCUGCGCCGUCACUGCGGGUCGCUCGGCGCCGCUGAGGAGUUCGUGAACAACACCUUGUGGCUUGUAUGGCCACAUGACAACGUAGAUUCGGCCGUUACAAUGCUCUCCGCCACUCCGACAAACGCUAUACAACCAGAUGACUUAACUUCGGACGACAUGGAUUUGCACCCCAUUAGAAGUGCACCGGGCCGCCGGAAACUACGCCGCAGACUCGACCAGUCGCCGCCGGUAUUCGGAGUGCAGUGCCAGGGAGAGGAGCCAGCCCCGAUAGACCUCGAAUCGCUCGAACGUCUCGAGGUCAACCCGGACCUGGUUACUUCGAUCUACGAAGAGUCGCUGAGGCUCGCCAGGGAGGGCCGCCUCCAAAACACAGUAGCGUCUAGGGAAGACCUGGAACGACUCCUGGAUGUUAAUUUAAGCGAGCCUGUGCUUUUCUUCCGCGUUUUUGCGGUACAACUCGCUGAACAGGUUGCGGGGCACGAGGUUCUGCCAGAACGAGUGCUUCACUGGGCACGAGGGUAUGUCGCUCAGGUCGAUGGUUUCGUAGACCGGCACGACGUUGGGCGCUAUGUGGAGCAGGAUCGGCGGAACGAAUACGAGGCAGAUCAGGCAGACCCAGAUCAGGAUGGUGACCCACUGCCAUCCAUUGGGGAUGUUGUUGACCUGCACGUCUACGCGAUGGGGCGCCACUAUCUCCUCGAAUACGUCCGCUAUGGUGUUGCUCAUCAUGCAGGGCACGAACCACUUGAUGCAGAUGGACCAGAACACCUUCAUGGGCAGGCCGCCGACGUUGCUCAGCGGGCUGACUCGGCACAGCUCCAGCCGGAGCUGCUCCACGUUGCCACAGCACAGCCACCACGCGCACUCUUUGAACGGUUUGGUGUGCUCGGGGUCAUUCUGGUUGACGUCCUUGAUGUUAGCAACCGCCACCUCAAUUUGAAUGGCGAGCGUCGAGCAGAGCAUGACCACGCAGCAGCUGAACUGCAGCAUGCACAGCGUGCGUUCCAUGUUCUCCGUGGAUUUGAAACCCAGCGGCAACAGGAUGUAGCUGCAGUCCUGCCCGAGCAUCCACAUGAUAUCGACAGGCUUCAGGCGCACAACCUUCGCGUAAUGGCCGAUGAGCGCGCACGCGGUGCCAAACAGCAGCAUCGUCACGUAUCCCGAGAAUAUUCCCACACCAACAGUCUCCUUGGAUAUGUCGUACCCAAUCCGCGACUUGGCCGCCAGGGUGGUGUAUAUACCGCUUCCCACAAUGUACUCGUACAUGCAGGACCGCACGGAAUGCGACCAUAUGCGGCUGCUUCGGUAAAGAUUGCUCCAGUUCAGGCUCCUAAAACUCUCCCAGAGGAAGUCGGUGCCUCCUUCCAGCGUGAUCGCCGUGAAUGCCUGCGCAUUGUGACACGUGACAACAACGGACCACCAACCUGUAUAUGCGUGACGAAGAAUGCGAUAAUGAUGACCAAGGACGCCGAGAACGUGAAGUUCCCCAUGCCCGCAAACUGGAAAACGGAGACUAUGCCGUACGUGGUCACGAUGGCCCACGCAAGCGACGGCUCGAAGUUAAGCACCUCAUUGGUCGUUGAGUAA